AUGAUGCGAGACGUGAGUGCACGCUUUAAAUACAGCGAGCGCGAGUUCCAAGCGCAGCACAACGCACACAGCUCAAGCUCCAGAACGAGCGAAAGUAACAGCAGCAGCAGCAGCAGUAGAAGCAGCAAGUUAGAGACAAAAGUGCCCGCUUCGGGGACCUCUGAGGCUGAAGAAGGUGGUGCUGCGCCGCCACUGGACGCUUGUCCGUCCCGAGAACUCAUCCACAACCACAUUAAACGGUACUAUCGGCACGUGGAUGGCGGAUCUCAAGUGACGGCUGACUAUGAGACUGUGCGACUUCGGAUCUGCCGAGAUUUGGCUCCGUAUGCGAUCCUCAAACUCGGUGGCUUCUCCUUGGGCGAUGCUUGUACGAAACUGCUGGGAGAUGUGCUGGCUCAGGACGCCUCGAAGCUGCGGACGCUGGAUCUUGGCUUUAAUCGAAUCACUAAUACUGGUGCGACGCAAUUGGCAGAAGCACUGAAGACGAACACGUCGCUUGAGAACUUGUACCUCUCAGGAAAUGAUAUUGGACCGGCAGGUGCUCGCGCUCUUGCGCAGGCGCUGCUUCAAAACACGCACCUGCGCAGUUUACACCUCAGUGGCAACAAUAUUGGCGAAGAAGGUGCUUGUUUCUUGGCAGAUGGAAUUGCUGGCAAUACCGUACUGAGAGCGCUGUACUUGGGUACGAAUGGAAUUGGCGCUGCAGGCAUGCGAAGUCUAGCUACAGCGCUGACACAAAACAAGUCACUUGAAGAGCUGACGCUAGGACAAAACAAGGUGGGAAGUGAAGGCGUGCGCUACUUGGCAUCAGCUUUUGCUACAGGAGAUGUGGCGCUGUUAACGUUGGAAUUGGGAAAGAAUGGCGUAGAUCACGAAAGUACUCUUGCACUAGCCCGUUCGUUGUGCGGCGUGAAUCGACUGCAGAACUUGUAUAUGGAUCACAACCCGCUUGGGGAUGUGGGGGCGAGUGCUUUUGGAGCCCUGCUUGUCCAGAAUACCGAGCUGCGGGUACUUGAUUUGAGCUACACGCACAUGUCUCUGUUGGGGUUGCGUGAGCUCAGUGUUGUGGGAUUGGCCCGCAGUCGUGCGCUGCUCUGUCUGCUCGUGGAUGGUCACGACUGGGCGAGCACUAAGUACAUGAAAAGGAACCAGCAUACGAGUUUAAUUGGAGCAUCGCUGGCGACCGAGGGUGCUAACAAUUACGCUGCGUCAUGUGUCGUGGGAGCAAUUAACAUGAAUGCAAACUCGGUGUUGUUCAAGCUCACUGGUGUGGAACUGAGUCUCGUGGUGCCUCUACCUUCACCAUCUACUCCUAAUGAUGGCAACAGGAAACGCGAUGCUGUAUCCCGCAAUGAGUUGGUACUGAAGAGUCUUCACAAUAAACGUGCCGUAAAACAAGCUGCAGCUGCACUAUCAAGAAUACCGCCAAACCACAAGCGGAAAACCACAGAGGAGGUUUGUAACGCAGCAGCGGAAAAGCCAAGAGCAGAUGGCGUAACAUCAGGUGCAGAGACCGAUACUGGUAAGCACUCGCUUUCGGUGGUGCAACACCCUAAAUUCCAGAGGCUUGAAGGCAACAUCAAGUCGCGUUCAUCGUCAGGCAGUAUUAGCAGCCUUAACGUAAGUGGAAGUGGCGGUCGCUCGCGGUCAGGAAGUGCCAAUGCACUGUUUGGACUGCUGCCCCCUCCCCACUAUGGGCCCAGCGGUGGUACAUCCUGCUCACCAGGAAGCAGUAGGGGUAGCUCUCCAUCCAAGACGAGUUACAACCGACCGCCGCGUGUGAUUCGGAUCCCGUCUCGUGGCUCAGUGGGUCACCUUCCGCGGUCAAGCGGCUCUUACGAAAUGCGGCUGUCGCUAAAAAGUCCACGCUACGAGAGCACAAUGGAGCUGAACGCCCAUAAGGUGAUUGCCGACAUUUCAAAGCUGCCAUUUGAUGCCGACGAGUUUGAUACGCUUCAAGCGUAUUACCUGGGAGGCCGGUGCAUAGCUGGGUUGAAUGGGUGCCGAAACCGAGAUGUUGACGACGUGACAGGCGAGCAAACACUUUGUCCCGCUUGUAAAUCUAGUCGAUUGGCAAGUUAUCGCCGCACGAUGGCGCUCAUAACACGGCUCGAAGCCACGAAACAGGUGACAGACAGCGUUUUGUUAGUGCUGCUGCGCCAGCUACACUACCUCGCCAAUGCCUUUCAAAAUGUCGAAAAUGCUAUUCAAGCCAUCGAUGACAUUCUCGUGUCAGCUCAUGAGGGGACAGAUGAACCGCAGCACGUCUCCAACAACACGCUUGUGUUCUCACAUGAGGGAGCUAGCCAGCACACCCAAUAG